AUGUCCACCCUCAAAGAAGUCAACGGCCGUCUGAACGCGCAGCCGUUCGUGGCGGGCUUCUCCCCUAGCUCCGAGGAUGCCCGCAUCUUCAGCGAGAUGUUCGGCAAUCACCCGAACGUGAUCCAGUGGGUGGCCCGCAUGGCCUCCUACUACCAGGCCGAGCGCGAUGAGAUGCUCAACGCCGGCUCCGAGAAGAAGGCUACUGAGCCCGCCAAGGCCACCGCCCCAGCGCCUGCCGCUGCCGCGGAGGACGACGACGACAUCGACCUGUUCGGGGAGACGACGGAGGAGGAGAAGGCAGCGCUGGAGGCGAAGAAGGCCAAGGACGCGGAGAAGAAGAAGGCGAAGAAGGAGGUGAUUGCGAAGUCGUCGAUCCUGUUCGAUGUCAAGGCGUGGGACGACACGAUCGACCUGGGGGCGCUCGCGAAGAAGCUGCACGCGAUCCAGCGCGACGGCCUGAUCUGGGGUGACCACAAGCUGGUGCCCGUUGCGUUUGGCGUGAAGAAGCUGCAGCAGCUCAUCGUCAUUGAGGACGACAAGGUGUCCGGCGACGACCUGGAGGAGAUGAUCAUGGGCUUCGAGGAGGAGGUGCAGUCGAUGGAUAUCGUCGCCUGGAACAAGAUUUAA